CCUAUAUGGAUAGCUGCUCCCUUGUAACGACAACUUACAUCUACAACAUCACACCAAUCUUGUGUACUCUACUUCCAUACCAACCCUCAAUCCAAUUCCAAACACAGCGUUAGACUAAUAACAAUCUCAAAAUGGUAAUUUCAUGAAGGGAAUGCGCAGCUUUUCUGUGAUGGAAGCUGAUUAUCAAUCUAGGGAAUCGAAACACCAGCUUACAUCAUUGGAGCGCUCACUGCUGGAGGCGGAACUUUCGGAUACUUGAAGUCUGGCUCUAUCCCAUCCAUUGCGGCUGGUUUGACUGUUGGCACGUUGGUAUGAUAAUCCUCUAUUCCCGUUUAGCAUUUCGCCUUACAGCUCCUGCCCUUGGUCGCAUUCCCGUCACUAAUACAGACAAACCAGUAUCUUCUUGGUGGCUACCGCAUCCAAAACAGACAAACCUAUGGUGUUGAACUCGCGCUUCUCGCCUCAAUCGUCCUAGCAGGAAGUUCCAUCCCACGAGCCUUGAGAAGCCAAAAGCCAUUGCCAGCUGGAUUGAGCGUUUUAGCUCUUUAUGGCCUGUACACCUUUGGAAAUGCCUAUCGCUUGAAGAAGUAGACGAAUAUGGAAAUACAAUAAUGGGAAUAUGGAUGGGCUGGUUUGGGAGUUCAUAAUGGAAUUGUUGCAUGUACUGGAUUGAAAGCUUCGAAGACCAAAUACGGAGCGGAAUGAGAGCCCUCU